AUGUUUAUCUUACAUUUUCCUCAGAUUGCUCCUAAAAACACCUCAGUGUCCAUCAGUCCAUCAGGUUUGGUGUCAGCAGGUAUUCAUGUGAACCUGACCUGCUCCAGCAGAGCCAAUCCUCCUGUCAGCAGCUUCACCUGGUUCAAGAUCAGCAGAGAUGGACCCAUGAUCGUAUCUGAAGGAGAGUUUUACAGCUUUAAUGUCACAGAGGGAGGAGUUUAUUACUGUGUGUCCAUGAAUGAUCUCGGUAAUCAGACAUCACCACAGAUCCAUCUGAGAUUUGAGGAGAAAGCUGUGCUUGCGAGCUCUCUACACUGGGAGGCAAUCAUUGGUGGAAUCCUUGGGAUCAUUGCGUUCAUCUGUCUGGUUGUCUUUGUUUGGUGUUUAAAGUCAAAACACCCAACUGCACAACGGACUCAGAGUCAACCAGGUGAAGAGAUGUCUGCAGAAGAGCCAGCAAGGAAAACAAGAAGUACAAGAAAAUAUCCAUUACGGAGAGAUAGACUUCUCCAAGAUGAGACAUGAAGAGUCCUUUAACUCGGUACAGGACCGAGGACAGCAGCAGGAGACACUGUAUGCACAAGUCAAAGUGUCCGGGAGAGGAAACAGUGGAGCACAGACUGCUGGCAGUCCAGACGAUCUCUACGCUAAAGUUAGGAAAAAAAUAUAACCAGAUGAAGAUGUAAAACUUCUACAUUUUUAAACAAUUAUGAUGUUAACUACAUGUAUCAUAAAAAAAAACCAUCCACAAUACUGUCUGAAAAAGAGACAGUAAAUAUGGUGCAGGGCUGAGCGUCUCCAAACGAGGACAUCUGCUGGAUGGAUGGAGCAAUGCAGUGAAGCUGUAAUGCAGCUAAAGGAAGUGACAGAGAGGCAGAACAGGCAAGCAGUACUGAGACAGCUUUAUAACAGUGUAGAUGACCUCUGAUUCAACAACAUUUAAA